GAAUUGGGUUCUCAUCUACCACUUGGGUGGUCUCCCUCCCUCUCUCUCCCUCUCCUUCUUUUUUGUAUAAGAACACACAGACACAACUGAAAUCGAAGUUUUAUUCCUCUCCCUCUGUCUCUCUUUUUGUCAAUGUUUGGCUAGCGAUCAGCCAAAAAUAAUUCAUCCUUGUCCGAUUCCUUUUCUCAAAUCUCAUGUCAAUGUUUGGUUAGCGACCAGCCAAAAGAUCUCAUCCUUGUUAGAUUUCUCUCUUCAUUCUUAUGUCAAAUGUUUGGUUAGCGAUCAAAAGGCCUCAUCCUUGUUAAAUUUGAUUCCUCACUUCACUGUCAGAGCCAUGAAAGGGAUUGACAUUUUCUGCGCAUCUGCUUCCUCAAUUGCCAUCUGCAGGAGCAUCGACGUGAGCUCUGUAACUCGCCAUGGAAGGCUUGAAGGAAAUAGUUCCAUGAGGAAGUCGUUGAUCCCAGGACUACCAUCGAAGCCUAAAGGCUUCCACCACCUCCACCACCACCAGCAGCAGCAGCAGAAGAGCAAGCACUCCUCUUCCUCUUAUGCUUCUGUUUCUGUUGGUUCUGCCUCUUCUUCUUCUCCUCCUGCAUCUUCUACUAGAGAAAUUCAUGGCCACAAACCCAAAAUUCCUACAGAAAGUGCCAGCUCUGCAUUUGGUUCAUCGAGGUUUCUCUUGAGCAAGGUCACAACUUUCAACAGAAACAAGCACAGUCCUUCCCCACCAUCCAAAGAAAUCCAUGGCCGCAAGUCCAAGAAGAUCUCUGAAUCCAAAAGCCCUUCAAGCUCGUCGAGGUAUCUGCUCAGUGACACAAGCAUCUUGAGCAUACUUCCUGAUAUUGAGCCUCUUCCUGCUCUCAUUCCCAUCAAACCCACAGAAACAGAUCAAUCCCCCACAAAAGAUUCCCCUGCUACUCCUCCCUCAGAUCAGGUUGUCGUCCUGAAAGUCUCCAUACACUGCAAAGGCUGUGAAAUGAAAGUGAGAAAGCACAUCUCAAGGAUGGAAGGAGUGAGUUCUUUCACGAUAGACGCAAAAACGAAGAAGGUGACUAUUGUGGGGGACGUGUCGCCGAUGGGAGUUCUGCAGAGCGUGUCUCGUGUGAAGUAUGCACAGUUCUGGUCUUCUGCAGCAGCGAAUUCGUAGCACCACUUUGUCAGGGAAAAGAGAAAAGAAGACGAAAAAAAUGUCUUACAUUUGUAAGGGGGGAAAGGGAGGGAGCAAUAUUAUAUAUGUAAAUAAUUGAGUGCUGAUGGAUAUGAGGGAGAAAAGCUUGCGGCGGUGGAGGCAGGCUUUUGUGCGCAGAGGAGAAAAAAUGCCGGAUUUUCAGUGUAUGUAUGCGAUGGCUCUUAGAAAGAACUUGUAAGGCAUCUUUUGGUCUUCGGAAAUCAUUCCACAUUUUCCGACUGUCGUAUACCUGCCCAUUCAUCUUCCAUGAAUGUAGAAAAUAUUUAUAA